AUGGCUCAUCCUAUCAGAUUGAUGCGAGAGCUGCUGACCCACAGCUACGUCUACCAUGUCGCCAAGCCGGUCGAUGUUCAUGCUUUGGCUAAAUCGGAUUGGGGAGGUAAGAACAAUACAGUACGACAAGUAAUUUUAAACUUUAGUACAAAAAUAUUGUAUUGAGAGUCUAUGGUUAAAAGAAACAAAGGCUACAAUGCUAGCCUAUUUACUUUAUUGCCUAAAAUUUAGUACCAAAAAGUUAUAAUUUUAUUUUAGCUGUCACCGGCUGUACUCAUGGAAUCGGAAGAGCGUACGCCGAGGAAAUGGCCAAGAAAGGCUUCAACGUGCUGUUGAUUGGCCGUACUCCCUCAAAGUUGGAGAAAACUCAAACCGAACUCUCCCAAAAGUACCCUCACCUCAAGUUUGACGUAGCCGAGAUCGACUUUUCAACUCCAUAUCAAGAAGAAUAUGAGAAGAGAAUGAAGGGCAAACUGGACAAGGUCGGAUUCUUGGGUAUGUUAUUAUUUACUACCAGGUUUAAGUGUUAACAACUGUAUAUUAUCUUAAGAAUCCAUAACAACUACCGACUUUACUUUCAGUAAACAACGUCGGGUAUGUGGCCGACAUCCCAGACAAACUGUUGGACCAAAAGAAAGGUCUAGGUGACGCUUGGCACACCAUAAAUGUCAAUUUGAAAAGCAUGGUAGCCAUGACCUAUCUGGGUAUACAAAAUAUGUUACCAAGAAAUGGAGGUAUCAUCGUCAAUGUAAACUCCACUGCCGGAGAACUGCCUUUUACUUAUUACUCUACUUACUCAAUGACGAAGGUAAUUUUAUGUCAAAGACCAUAAACUAACAUAUGUGGUAUCAUAAAUUAAGAUACAACUGCGAAAUAUGUAAUUACUAUGAAAACUGUAAUGUUUAAGGCAUGAUAAAUAUACCUACCAAUCUAAAACAUCAAAAAAACCAUUUCAGAAAGCCGGAACUCACUUCACCGAAUCCAUGAUGCAAGAAUACCCCCAGAUCUACUUCCAGAACCUCCUGCCCGGCUGGGUAAUGACAGAAAUGGCCAAGUUGCGCGAAAAGAAAUGGCACGCCGUCACCACGGAUGAAUACGCGGCUUCCGCCAUCAACACGGUCGGUUUGAUCCAUGAAACUCGUGGAAACUGGAGGAAUCAGCUCUACUUCAACUUCUUCUUGAAUGGACUUCCACGUGAAAUGGCCAAAAAGGCAUGGGCUGACGCUAUGGUUGAAAAGAGAAAGGAGAACAUUCUGUACCAACAAGACGCUCAAAAAGGUAUCAAAAGCACCUUGACAAAGUGA